AGCUUCUGGUAUCAACUUGGUCGCUCAGAAGAAAUUCUAAUGGCAUCUCCCUUCCAGUUGCUCCAGGAAUCAAAAACCCUGGGGACUAUCCAAUCCUUCUUCAUCUUUACAACCAUUUUUCUACUAAUCCUUCUAAAGUUCCGCCAUGGAAGAAGCAGAAAGCUCAAUCUCCCACCAGGUCCUUCAAAGUUACCCAUAAUAGGCAACCUUCACCAGCUAGCAGGUAACAUGCCUCACCUCUCUCUUUGCCAUCUCUCUCAGAAAUUUGGUCCCAUCAUUCACUUGCAGCUAGGUGAAAUCCCAACUGUGGUUGUCUCCUCUGCUAGAACAGCCAAAGAAGUAACGAAAACCCAUGACCUUGCUCUUGCAAGCAGGCCCCAAAUUUUCUCUGCAAAACACCUUUUUUACAAUUGUACUGACAUUGUCUUCAGCCCUUAUGGUGCUUACUGGAGGCAUAUCAGGAAGCUUUGCGUACUUGAGCUCCUGAGUGCCAAACGGGUUGAGUCAUUUAGCUUCAUAAGAAAAGAAGAGGUUGCAAGUUUGGUUCAUCGGAUUACAGAGACAUAUCCAGGCACCAUUAAUCUUAGUAAGAUGCUUGGAAUCUAUGCAAAUGAAAUUGUUUGCAGGGCUACCUUUGGUAGAGGUUUUACAGGAGGAGGAGAGUAUGAUCGACAUGGGUUCCAAAACAUGCUUGAUGAGUAUCAAGAAUUGCUUGGAGGACUUAGCUUGGGAGAUUUCUUCCCUUCCAUGGAAUGGAUACACACAAUUACAGGUAUGAAAUCAAGAUUAGAGAGACUCUUUAAACGGUUUGAUUGCUUCUUCAAUGAGGAAAUUGAGAAGCAUCUCAAUUCCAAGAAAAAGAAAGGGGAUCACCAGGACUUUGUGGAUGUUUUACUUGAAUCCAAGAACAGAGACGUCAGGGACUUGCCUCUUACCAUGGACAACAUCAAAGCAAUCAUCUUGGACAUGUUUGCUGCAGGAACUGACACAAACUUCAUAACCCUUGACUGGGGAAUGACUGAGCUUGUCAUAAACCCAAGAGUGAUGAAAAAAGCACAAGCUGAAGUAAGAAGCAUUGUUGGAGAUAGAAGAAAUGUAUUAGAAGAUGAUCUACCUAAGAUGAAGUACUUGAAAGCUAUAAUCAAAGAGAUCUUCCGAUUACACCCUCCUGUUCCAGUACUCGUUCCAAGAGAAUCCAUGGAAGAAGUAACCAUAGAUGGGUAUGUCAUUCCUGCCAAAACUCGUUUCUUUGUCAAUGCUUGGGCUAUAGGAAGGGACCCAGAGACAUGGAAGAACCCAGAAAUGUUCGAACCAGAGAGAUUUAUGGAAACCAGUAUUGAUUACAAGGGGCAGGAUUUUGAACUGAUACCAUUUGGGGCUGGAAGAAGAAGUUGCCCUGCUAUAGCUUUUGCAACACCCACUGUCGAGCUUCCUCUCGCUCAACUACUCUAUAGCUUCGACUGGGAACUACCACCUGGUAUCCAAGCCAAGGAUUUAGAUAUGACUGAAGUUUUUGGUAUCUCAAUGCACAGGAAAUCCAAUCUUUUUGUUGUUGCAAAGCCAUAUAUGCCAUGACUAUUAAAUCUGAAUCUGAACUGGACCCAAAUCUUACUAAAGAAGUUUGAAUCUAAGUUGACACAUCCUGUAUUUUUGACUUUCCAUUCCAUAUUACAUGUUCAGCUUUUUUUCCAUCUGCUAGCAUUGCCUUACUUUUCCACC